CAUGCAAACUGUCUCACUCUCGCCAGAUUGUCCACUUCGGCGCAGGCACGGGAGGCUUGUUUUCCACAUUACUGUCUCUACUUUGCACCUGCCUUUCAGAUUACCUCCGGGAAUCUGUGGGAGGAGCUGAGAGGGUGGAAAAUGUUGCUUCGCUUUGCAAAAGGAAGAAAACUUUGUCACCCAGCGGGAGACCUCUGCCAUGCGUAACCCGGAGAGACACCAGAACCAGGACAGCCUCUGGCUUUGAUUUUGCACCGCUGAGCCCGUAAGGAGGAAGAGGACACGUAAACUCCGCGCUCACGCCGACCGCCAUCCGUGCCCAGUGGCGGCGGCCCGAGGUACCUGCGCCACCUUCCUUCCCUCCCCGGGGAAGUCCCCACGCGGUGUCUUCGGGUGGAAGGAUAAUAAUAAAGAGCGCGCGGCUCGAGGCCGACAGCAGGGGCCGGGCUAGGAAGGAGAGAACCGAAUUGCAGGAACGAGUCACCCGGAAUUAACUUCUGGUUAAAGUUAUGGGAAGCGCGGCCAUGGACACCAAGAAGAAGAAAGAUGUUUCCAGCCCUGGUGGGAGCAGUGGCAAAAAAAACCCCAGCCAGAAGAGGCGUUCGCUGCGAGUGCACAUCCCGGACCUGAGUUCCUUUGCCAUGCCGCUCCUGGACGGAGACCUGGAGAGCUCAGAAAAGCAUUCUUCUCGUAAGGUGGACAGCCCCUGCAGCUCGGGCAGCCCCUCCAAAGGGUUCUUCUCUAGAGGCCCCCAGCACCGGCCCUCCAGCCCUGUGUCUGCUCCCGUGAGGCCCAAGACCAGCCCUGGCUCUCCCAAAACCGUAUUCCCAUUCUCCUACCAGGAGUCCCCACCCCGCUCCCCACGCCGAAUGAGCUUCAGUGGGAUCUUUCGCUCUUCAUCCAAAGAAUCUUCCCCCAACUCCAACCCGUCUACCUCACCCGGGGGCAUCAGGUUCUUCUCCCGCUCCAGAAAAACUUCAGGCCUCUCUUCCUCUCCGUCCACACCCACCCAGGUGGCCAAGCAGCACACCUUUCCUCUUGAAUCCUACAAGCACGAGCCUGAGCGACUGGAAAAUCGCAUCUAUGCCUCGUCUUCCCCUCCGGACACAGGCCAGAGGUACUGCCCGUCCUCCUUCCAGAGCGUGGCCAGGCCUCCAGCAGCAUCACCGACACACUAUGCUUCCCCCAGAACCGCGGCGCUGGCGGCGGCCCCGGGACCCGCGGAAGCCGGCAUGCUGGAGAAAUUCGAGUUGGAAGAAGAAGCAGAAGACUCAGAAAGUGGUGUUUACAUGCGCUUCAUGAGGUCACACAAGUGUUACGACAUCGUUCCCACCAGUUCAAAGCUUGUGGUCUUUGAUACUACAUUACAAGUGAAAAAGGCUUUCUUUGCCUUAGUAGCCAAUGGUGUUCGAGCAGCGCCACUGUGGGAGAGUAAGAAACAAAGCUUUGUAGGAAUGCUAACAAUUACAGAUUUCAUAAAUAUACUACAUAGAUACUAUAAGUCACCCAUGGUACAGAUUUAUGAAUUAGAGGAACAUAAGAUUGAAACAUGGAGGGAGCUUUAUUUACAAGAAACAUUUAAGCCUUUAGUGAAUAUAUCUCCAGACGCAAGCCUCUUCGAUGCUGUAUACUCGUUGAUCAAAAAUAAAAUCCACAGAUUGCCAGUUAUUGACCCUAUCAGUGGGAAUGCACUUUAUAUACUUACCCACAAAAGAAUCCUCAAGUUCCUCCAGCUUUUUAUGUCUGAUAUGCCAAAGCCUGCCUUCAUGAAGCAGAACCUGGAUGCCCUUGGAAUUGGGACCUAUCACAACAUCGCCUUCAUCCACCCGGACACUCCCAUCAUCAAAGCCUUGAACGUCUUUGUAGAGAGACGAGUGUCGGCCUUGCCUGUGGUGGAUGAGUCAGGAAAAGUUGUAGAUAUUUAUUCCAAAUUUGAUGUAAUUAACCUUGCUGCUGAAAAAACCUACAAUAACCUAGAUAUCACAGUGACCCAGGCCCUUCAGCACCGCUCUCAGUAUUUCGAGGGUGUCGUGAAGUGCAGUAAGCUGGAAAUCCUGGAGACCAUCGUGGACAGAAUAGUGCGGGCUGAGGUGCAUCGGCUGGUGGUCGUGAACGAAGCAGAUAGCAUCGUGGGUAUCAUCUCCCUGUCGGACAUCCUGCAAGCGCUGAUCCUCACGCCCGCAGGUGCCAAACAGAAGGAGGCGGAAGCAGAAUGACCACUGUGAGUGGAGAAGCCCUUGGAGGAGAACCUGAACAGAGAUUCUGGGUCACGCUUUGCCUCAUGAACACUGACCGUGACAGAAGACAGUCGAAUGGCUAAGAAUGUAUAUCAGGGUUUAGUGAUGGGUUAUUUUUUCCAGUGAUAUUGAAACUGAGCAUAAGAAACAGUUUAUGUGUUUGAAGAUUCAGGCUUGCAUUAAAAGACUAUUUUCAGACCUUUGUCUGAACGAUUUCAAAUGCUGUAUGUUAUUAAAGUGCACUGUGUCCUGAAAUUUUUAUUACUUUUCAUUUCAAAGAAUUCACUGGUCUGUAACAGGUAAUAUGACAUAAGGCGAGUGCAUGGCCUCUUCAGACCUAGUGCCUUAUGUCAGAACACGCGAUACGUCAUCACCGCGGCCCAUGGCAGCUGGAACCACACGGUGCUGGGGCGUGAAAGUCUGUGGACCUUUACCAAAUCAGUUUGUUUUCAUUAGAUUUGUUGAACAGUUGUAAUUUGGAUAUAAAUAAUUACUUUAUAAAACUUUAAUGACAGUUUUAUGUUUGUCUGUUCUGAACUAUGAUGUAAACAAAACUGCUCUACAACAGCUUUAUUUAUUUUUACUUUCAUGCAAUUUUUUACACAUCGUGGUGGGGAAGCUUCACCGUACCCAUUAAUAAACCAUUGGUUGGUAUUUUUAAAUGGCAAAUUUCUCAUUUAAGUUUGGAUCUGGAGAGGAUAGGACUUCUAAAAUAGCCACUGUUAGGUUUUAAAAGCUGAAGUGUCUGAAAGCACGUGUGGAGACUGGAAACAGGCAGCGGUUAUGAGGAAACAAAAGUGCCGGGAAGAUGUCUAUUUUUUUCUUGUGUAUUGAAAUGUAAAAUCAUGAUGUUUGUAUGACUGCUGAUGCGACUGUUUUUGUAAAUUUUAUUGUGGCAUAUACAGUAUUGUCAUAUGGUUGAAAAGAAACACAAUGUUUCCUAAUGUAAGUGCUCUGAAAAUGUCGACACUGUAUAUAUAUAUAUAUAUAUAUAUACACACACACAUAUAUAUAUAUGAGCAUAGUUUGAUUUUUUUUGUUUUGGGUUUUUUUGGCAGAUUGAAAAAUUAAAAUAAAUCUUAUU